GAUAAUUUUAUUUAUUUGUUAAAAAUAAGUAACAAUUAUAUCAAUAAUCUAUAGCCGCGUGUUAAUCAUAAACUUCGUCGUAGGCCAUGCUUUUCUCAAUAGUAGUUUUUGUUCUUGUUUAUAAUAUCCAAGGAACAAAUGGAAAACAAGGCAGAUAUUGCAGCCCAAACCCUUGCUUUAAUGGCGGAAAAUGCUACGAGACUGAUGAUGGCUUUAUUUGCGAAUGUCCUUCUGACUUCAUGGGUAAAAAAUGUGAAGUGGCUAUGACGUGCAACAGAGAUUUAGGAUUGGUCGAAACAGGUCAUAGAUGUCGCAAGCAGUGUUCAAGAGACAUAGAAUGUGGUGGAUCAAUGACGAAAUGUCGAUGCGAUGGCUGGUGUGGGAUGUCAUGCUUUAAUCCGGACGCAGAAUGUCCACCAUUAGAAAAUCCAAGAAAUGGAUACGUCGUUGUAGGAAACGUUACUUACGGAAGCGUUGUCAAAUACGUUUGCAAUGAAGGAUAUAGUCUGGUUGGUUUGGAUGAAAGAGUUUGUACCUCAAGCAGAAAAUGGUCUGGACUACAACCAACGUGUGUCGAUUUUUCCGAAUGUGGUGUAACAGAGCCCCUAGAUCCAACUCUUCACAACCAAUUGGUAACCAGACGAGUGAAGAGAGUGGUAGGCGGCGAUGAUGCACCGGACAAUGCCUGGCCUUGGCAAGCAUCGAUUUUAGUUGCAGUAGUAGAGUCGGGAAAUAUCAAUGUCGAGAAGACUCUAAAGCGAUGGGAACUGACAACAGCUGGAACAAUAAUAAACAAACAGUGGAUAUUAACUGUGACACAUCCAGUUCAACACAUGGUCCCGAAAUAUUUUUAUCGUCAGUCCGUCAUUGUAGUUGGAGUUUCUAGUCGGUCAUCUGUGAAAUACACAAUAAAGGACACAGUACAAAUGUUCAAACCGUUGAAAUAUAUUCUACACGAAAAGUUUAACAAGACCACUUUUGAAAAUGACAUUGGCCUGAUAAAACUGGGCGAAAGAUUAUUUCCAAAAUCUACUGUUCCUUUCGUCAAUAUAAAGGAGAUAACGUUUAAUGCUGCUGUGCGACCGGUUUGCCUUCCCUGUACACAGAAGUGUGUGAUGCGUGGAUGGGACAAGAAUAAAAAAUGUGAAGCGGAAGGUGAAUUCCUCGUUAAGCCAGGGAUCAAGAUUGUUUUGACAGGGUUUGGAACUAGAGAAACUGAUCACAAUAUUCAAAGUUUUCCAGAUCGUCUUCAACAGGUUGUUUUAGAAGUGGGUAAUAAAAAAAGUUGUCAAAGAGGAAUAAACGACAUCAUUUUCUUUCAUAAAGUUGGUUCGUUCGACUUGUAUAAUUCAACUUUCUGUACCGUUUCAUCAGUACCACAUAAAGUAAUGACAGGGUGUUACGGAGACGGUGGGGGACCUGUCGUGAGGAAGAUAACUCAACGAGAUGGCAGCGUUUGCUGGGUUCAAGUUGGCAUCAGCAGUUUUGGAGCUAAGUGUGAUGGAACAAUACCUGAAUUCUACACAAAAGUUGCGAGUCAUACAAACUGGAUAGAAGAAGCAAUGCAAAAUAAUUAACCCAAAAAACGUCAAAUAAUCGUUUCAUAUUAUUAUUGUAUCGCUGGAUCUGUUACAGACGUGUGUGCAUGAGAUGAAGAGUGAAUAGAAGCAAGAAUUCAGUAUCUAAUUUUAUAUGAUACGAUUAUUUCAUGUAUAUUAUUCUUGCAAAAAUCCCCGUAAAAUAUAUAUUCCGUAGAAUGUAUGUAUGUUUAUUUGCCUCAAAAAUGUAACAGUAUCUACAUAAUAGUUAAACGGUAUAAAAGAGGCGGGAUACAUGUACAAGACCUUACUGGCCUAAGACACAGAUGUGCGACAUGCACCCCAACAAGUAUAACUGCAGUUUAGGAAUGCUGCGUUAUAGUAGGACAACAGACAUGAAAUAUACAAAUAAAACUCUUGUACAAGUACAAUACACAGGACAAAGAGGUACGGCACCACGAUGAUAUGUACAACAGGCAGUUUAUGGCACGUUCAUGUCCCAGGUUCUGAUGUGAAGGGAUGGGAAUAGGGUAUAAAUCGCAUUUUUGUGAUUUUUACAAUAGAUUGUACGAAACAAGUAAAAAGAAGCCAACUUGUUUGAAGAAACCAGGCAAGUAACAUUGCUUGUUACAACCACGAGUUUUAUAUAUUUUUUAUUUUAUUUUGGGAAAUCUAGAAAAUUAUAACGCUUUGUUCUUCCUAUUAUCACUUGCAUAAUUUCAAAAUUUUCUAAAAGCAUUUGUGGGACGUGGGAUUAGGAACGAGGAUUAAUGUCUUUCCACUCAAAUGAAUAGAAGAAGUUUUAUAUGCACGUGCAACGUUUUUUUCAAACUAUAUACAAACUCGCGGCGCAAUAUAUAUAUAUAUAUGGAAACGCUGUACGGGUGGGGGCAUCGGGAUGCAAUAAUAGUGCAUGAUUGCC